AUGUUCCGUCUGCAUCGUCGGCCACCAGCUCCGGACAAAAUCUACUCAUCUAGUCUCGAGUCGCUUCACUUGGGUCGUGCCCUUUGGUACCCGGAACCGCAUGUGACGGGCGAGCCGCAGAUCGGCGAUGUGGGUUACAUACGCGAAGGUGCAUUCGUCAGGCUGUUCAAUCUGGACACCUCUGCACCCGAAAAGCGAGUUACGUUCUGGGAAACACCCUUCGAGGCCGCCGAACCCUUACCGCCGGGUGUGCUCAAGAUUGACAGCAGGCGUCGCCCGCUGGCUCCCAACCACUAUUGUAGCCAUGGUGUCGAGACCAAAGAAAUGCAUGCUUCGGCCAAUGUAACGACCGGUAUAGGUGUCUCCGUAACCCUCAAUGCCGAGUACACGUGCAAAGGAGCCCAAGGUGCAGUUCUCGUACUCAAAAGCGAGGCCCACUCCGAAAUGAUGUUCGAGAGCCGGGUACUUGAGCAGUAUAUCAUUCGGAACCACGACAGUUGGUACAGAUACGCAAGGGACGUUCUUGGACAUCGUGUCAAGAGGGAGAAGCUCAUCAUGGUCAGCGGCUGGGUCAAAACUGAAGCGGACUGGGCAGCAACUGCAUUCUGCAACACUAGCGUGAAAUCUGGCGCAUCACUCGGAGGCAAUGUCUUUGGUGUUGCCGGAGCCGAAAUGGGCGGAUCGUCCACGAGCUCUUUAACGGGCCCAAAGAUGCAUCGAAAUGGCGAGCACUACACAACGAACACGUCAAUAGCCCCUCCAAUGGCGGCAAAGAGGGACCAAUGCGUCUUUCUGAGGUGUUACAAGAUCCUAUGGCGACUAGGGGUCUUACCAAAGGUGGUUGCGGGCGCGGGCUACGACCAGCUUCCAGAUCCAGGAGAUGCGAGAGGUGCCUCGGCAGGAGAAGGGGUCAUCGCUAGAGGGGAGGAGGAUGCGCACCAACCAACAAGACACCAGAGCGAGGUUUCCGAUCCGCUGGACAUCCUGCUGGAUUAUAUCUUGGAGGCACGCCUUCUUCCCGUUUCCGUUCGUGAGUCCUCGCGCUAAGACGG